AUGGUUUAUAUCGGGAUUGCCAACAGUAAUCACCAAGAAGAGCAAGGCUUAAGGAAACAAACAAAAACAAAUGCAUAUGUUUACCUUUUAACGUUGAUAGCCGCAAUAGGAGGUUUGCUAUUUGGCUAUGAUACAGGCAUUGUUUCCGGCAUAAUGUUAUUCUUACCACAUAACAAACAUAUCGGUGGUUUAUCAACUCUUUGGAAGGAGAUUAUAAUUAGUAUAACAUCCGGCGUGGCAGGUAUUGCUGCUCUAACUGCAGGUAAAAGCAGCGAUAAAUUCGGUCGUCGAAAAGUGAUAAUGUCAGCUACAACCUUUUUCAUUGCUGGCGCUAUUAUAUGCAGUGUUGCGUUCGAUCGAUGGACAUUACUCGUUGGACGUAUAUUGCUGGGAAUUGCUAUUGGAUUUGCAUCGAUGAUUGUACCUGUAUAUAUAAGUGAAGGAGCCCCUACGAGAGUACGUGGAAAAUUGGUAACUAUUUAUCAGUUCAUGGUGGCAUUCGGAUUUACAGUUGCUAAUGCUGUGGCGGCAUGGUUUGCUCGUUAUGAUCCAGUAAAUGUUGGUUGGCGCUUAAUGUUCGCAUUUGCUGCGGUACCAGCUUUAGUGCAGCUAGUCGGCUUUUUCUUCCUACCAGAAACUCCGCGUUAUCUGAUCAAUCAUGGACGUGAAAAAGAAACGCAAAAAGUGCUGAACCGAAUAUACGGUAAUGAUAAGGAAUGGAUUGCUUAUGAGAUGGGUGAAGUAACACGUGAAAUGCAACGUGAAGCAAUACUUCGUCAAGAAAACGGAGAUGAAUUCGUCCUACAUAGGGUACUGAGAACAGCUCAUGUGCGGAAAGCUUUGAUGCUCGGUUGCGCUUUGCAAAUGUUUCAACAACUUGCUGGAAUCAAUACUAUUUUAUAUUAUACUAGUACAAUCAUUCGUUCGGCCGGUGUACACGAUAAAAUUACAACAAUUUGGAUCUCAUGUGGUAUUUCAAGUGUACAAGCAGUUGGGACAAUAUUCCCACUGAAUUUGAUCGAGCGGCUUGGAAGACGUACCCUUGUACUAUCUUCUCUGAUCGGUGUUGUUAUCACAUUGUGUAUGAUGGGUGGUGCAUUCAUUCUUAUUAAUUAUGAUUCCACAAAAAUUGAUCCUGCGCAUGCCUAUAUCGGUAUAGAUAUGAAUUCUACCGACAUAAAUAAAGAACUACUGGAUUUAUGCGCUGGAUACAGAAAUUGCGAUGACUGUGUAACGUCAGAAUAUUGUGGAUAUUGUAGUUUAACAGAAGAGUCCUCGUCAUUAUCACCAAGUUUUGGGCAAUGCUUACCUGUCAAUCCAGAAAAUGCUCAACAUUCACAUUAUGGAUACUGCAAGGACGGUGCGGCCAAUGCAACUUUUUACUUAUUUACCGACGCUACCUGUAAAACUCGAUUUACAGCACUACCAAUAAUAAUUAUGGUGCUCUAUAUAUCUGUUUAUUCGUUUGGUAUGGGCCCAAUUCCAUGGGUUUUCAAUGCUGAGAUUUAUCCUAUCUGGGCGAGAGGCACAUGUGUCGCUUUAUCAACAUUUACAAAUUGGAUCUUCAAUCUUCUGAUGUCGUUAACAUAUCUCAGCUUAAGUCAAGCUAUCACCAAACAUGGUGCGUUUUUUUUAUAUGCUGGUAUUUCAUUUACUGGUUUCAUCAUCUUCUACUUUUUUGCUCCGGAAACACGCGGAAGACGUAUUGAAGAGAUUGAGCAAUUGUUCAUGAAUGAAAAAAAAGAAAUAAUACCUGCACGAAACCAACCACACAAAACAACCGUGUCAGGUUCUACAAGCUAA